UAGAAAAUUUGGUUGCACCACCACGUGUAAUCUGUGAGAACGGUAGGCAAAAACUCGCUUUAUUUAUAUCGUUAAAGGCUGAGUUGGGGCUCAUUUUACACCGUAAUACGUCGCAUACCUAUUGUAGCUACUUUUGGUGUUAGUUUACUCAAGAUGCAGUUGUUUAUUCGCGGAGAAAAUCUACAUACUUUCGAUGUUACUGGCGGGGAGAGUGUGUUCGAUCUGAAGAAUGUCAUUGCCUUUGCUGAGGGCAUUCCCGCUGAUGAACAAGUUCUCUUCUACGCUGGAAAGCCUCUUGAUGAUACCCUGAGCCUUGUAGAUUGUGGAGUAGCUGAUCUGUCCACUCUUGAAGUUGGUCUUCGUUUGCUUGGAGGUAAGGUUCACGGCUCCCUGGCUCGUGCUGGUAAAGUGAAGGGACAAACACCUAAGGUUGACAAGCAAGAGAAGAAAAAGAAGAAGACUGGCCGUGCCAAGCGUAGAAUGCAGUAUAACAGGAGAUUCGUUAAUGUUGUUGCUGGGUUUGGAAAGAGAAGAGGACCAAACUCAAAUGCUCCUUGAAGUGCCCUAGUUGUCAGAAUGAAAUUCAUGUAAAUGGCGCUCAUUCCUCAAUAAAUAUUGUUAUAACAGUAA